AUGGACGACGACAACGGCUCUGGGCCCGCCGAGUACAACCCAUUCGGUGACGAGUCCUGGCUGCAUGAGACCGACGUUCCUCCUGAAGCCUUACAGCAGGCUCUAGCUUCGUCACCUCCGCCUGUACCGUCACUUGACUAUGGCUCUCAGAUUCCUCCUGCCGUCUUGGAUGCACGGUAUCCCUUCGCAGCUUGGUGGCGGACCAUCAGUGGCCAACCACCAGUCGGCGUCACCCAGAUACAAGCAGCAGAUUUGGUGGCGGGUCCGAGUCAACUUGAAGAGCGAGUACCAUCGCCUGUCAGUGGGCCGCGCAGGCCGCCAGGCUCAGCGCAAUCGAUCCGCGUAUCUGUUCCGCUCGACACCGCAUCCGGCAGCCCACCGUACCUCCGUGACACUAUGACAGUCGACAGCGACAUAUCCUGGACGGACUUCAUUGACCGUCUCAGGGCACGCAUGGGGCUGAUAGACGGUCCGGUCAACCUCGGAUUCAGGAUAGACGCCGCUGGUGCUCGCAGCUCGGGCGACUUCAAGAUCCUUGCUAAUACCUUCAACAUGCGGGAAGCGUUCGACGAGUAUAUCAGUACAAACUCGAGGGCGCGGAAGAAGCGGGACCUCGUGAUAUACAAUUUGACGGCUGAACACGACAAUCGCUCGCAUCCGGAUUCCAGCAAAGGCACGAAGAAGAAAGACGGUGGAAAGAAGAGCAGCAAGAAGAAGGGCAAGAAGAAGGGCAAGAAGGGUAGCAAGCGCAAGCGUGAGGCGUCGGAGAGUAGUGACUCGUCUGAUGAGGCGUCGGAGGCGUCGGAGCACCUAGCCGCACUGCGAAACGCGUCACUCAACACACCGCCGGAAGGCCGCGAGUACGAUACGAUCAACUCAAAGCGGCGAUCCAUUGAACGCGCACGGAAGGAGCGGCGCACUGUGCCUGCCACCGAGUCAAGCACAUCGUCCUUACCUGCGGCAGCUCCGGCCAGCCAUGAUGUAGGCGAUCGUCUCUCAGACCCGAGCGACGAUUCGGUCGUUUUCCCGACCACCACCACCCUGCUUUCAGAGCUCAAUGAGACACGCCCCGAUCAUAACUACCCGCAGUACACGCAACGUCUUGCGGAGCUGGGGUUCCGUUACACGGUCGACUUCGAGAAUUUCGAACCGUCCUUGUUCACCGAUCAGGCUGGAAUGCCUCCUGGUGCUGUUCGGUCAAUGCUUGACUGGGCGCAUGUCUUGACGCGCCGUGCUCGCAAAGGGAAGGGACGAGCUGACUAG